AUGCAUGUAAAGGCAGCCACAAUCACAAACCCAUCGCGGCGUUCAUCAAAAAGUAUGAGAGCCGUGGCGCUUCCUCGGGUCGCCAUGGCGGUCCUCCGCCGCCACGCCCUCCUCCUCGCUCUAGCGCUUCUAUUCGGCGCGGCUUCCGGUGUCGCGGCGCGGCGGGGUGGCGUGGUUCCUCGGCGGCGGCAGCAGGUGGUGGACGUGGGUGUGAUCUUGGACAGGUCGACAUGGGUGGGGAACAUCAGCUGGACGUGCAUCGAGCUGGCUCUCGAGGACUUCUACGCCGACGCUAGACACGCCGCCCACCGCACCAGGCUGAAGCUUCACCUCCGGGACACCGGAGUCGACGCCGUCGAGGCCGCGUCCGCAGGUAUUGAUCUACUGAAAAAUGUCCGCGUGCAAGCGAUAAUUGGCCCGCAGACGUCAACUCAAGCUAAAUUUCUUGCUGAGCUUGGUAACAAAUCAUCGGUUCCAAUCAUUUCAUUCUCUGCAAAUAGCCCGUCGCGAUCCGCGCAAACUCCAUACUUCAUCCGGACGGCAUGGAACGACUCCUCUCAAGCAGAAGCUAUUGCCGCACUUGUUCAGAAACACAGUUGGAGGGAAGUCAUCCCUGUCUUUGAGGAUGAUGAUUCCAAUACCAGGUUCAUUCCUGAUCUUGUUGAUGCCCUCAGACAAGUCGACACUCAUGUUUCAUACAGGUGCAAGAUCCAUCCUUCAGCCACAGAGAAUGAUAUAAAGAGUGCUAUCUCCGGCUUAAAAGAGAAUUGGACAAGUGUAUUUGUUGUGCGUAUGUCUCAUACUUUAGCCCGUAACUUUUUCAAGCUUGCUAAAGAUGAAGGAAUGAUGGGCCGGGGCUUUGUCUGGAUUACCGCAUAUGGCUUGACAGAUAUCUUUGAUGUGGUUGGUUCGCCGGCACUUGAUGUGAUGCAAGGAGUUCUUGGGGUGAAACCUCAUGUUCAACAUACUGUGGAACUUCAAAACCUUAGUCAGAGAUGGCGCAAGAAAUACCAAUUGGAGAAUCCUGGAAUUGCAGUAAGUAUGCCUGUGGUGUAUGGUCUCUAUGCUUAUGAUACCAUAUGGGCAUUAGCAUUAGCAGCAGAGAAGGCUGGAUAUGUGAAUUCAGACUUUGGGCCAUCUGUAACAAACAAUGGGUCCACUGACUUUGACAGAAUGGAUACUUCAAAGGCUGCUGAAAAAUUGCGAGGCUCACUCUUGGACAUCACGUUCAUGGGUAUGAGCGGGAACUUCUGUAUUGCGGACAUGCAGUUAUUAUCAGUCAAUUACACGAUAAUCAACAUUAUCGGUCAGAAGAGAAAAGUAGUCGGUUAUUGGACUCCAGGAUCUGGCAUCUCUGGCAGUCUAAAUGUGAAGGCCGAUCUUGGCACCAUCAGAUGGCCAGGAGAUAACGAAAAUGUGCCUAGAGGUUGGCUAUUGCCAAUGAAUAAAACUCUCCAAAUAGGCGUACCUGUCAAACCUGGGUUUGAAGAAUUUGUAAAAUUUGAAAAUGGUAAACCCAAGGGGUUCUGCAUAGAUGUGUUUGAGGCAGUAAUUAAUGCAUUAUCCUACGAUGUACCCCGUCACUAUAAGCCGUUUGCAGACAAGAAAGGAAAUAGUAAAGGAACUUAUGACGAUCUUGUCUACAGUGUUUAUCGUAAGGAAUAUGAUGUUGUGGUAGGUGAUAUAACAAUCUUGGCCAACCGUUCUCUAUAUGUGGAUUUUACUCUUCCUUACACAGAGUCAGGGGUGCGCAUGCUGGUUCCAGUCCGGGACCAGAGGCAGAAGACUGCAUGGACAUUCCUAGAUCCUUUGACAGCUGACCUAUGGUUAGGAGCUGGGGCCUUCUUUGUCUUCACAGGUUUUGUAGUCUGGUGUAUUGAGCAUAGAACAAAUGAAGAUUUCAGAGGGCCCCCAGGCAGUCAAAUUGGAUUGGUCUUCUACUUCUCCUUCUCAACACUCGUGUUUGCUCAUAGGGAGAGGAUACUGAACAACUUAUCAAGAAUUGCAGUAGUUAUUUGGCUUUUCGUAGUGCUGAUAUUGCAGCAGAGUUAUACUGCAAGUUUAAGCUCAAUUCUCACAGUGGAACAACUUCAGCCAACAGUCACCAAUUUAGAAGAAGUUAUCAGGAACGGGAGCUAUGUCGGCUACCUCAAUGAUUCUUUCUUGCCUGUUCUUUUGAAAAGGUUGAAAAUUGAUGAAUCAAAGAUGAUUCCCUUCGACUCUCCUGAGCAAUACAAUGAAGCCCUAACAUCUGGAAGAGUUGCAGUCAUUAUUGAUGAGAUACCAUACCUUAAGGUGUUCCUUAAACAGUAUUGCCACAACUACACUAUGGUUGGACCAACCUACAAGCUCGAUGGAUUUGGUUAUGCAUUCCCUCGAGGCUCUCCACUCACACCUGAUAUUUCGAGGGGAAUACUGAAAUUCGCAUCAGACGACAGAAUGGUUAAUAUGCAGAAAGAAUUGUAUGGUGCUACGUCAUGCCUUGACAAAGAUGACUCCCAAACUUCAAGCAGCCUUACAUUGCUCAGCUUUCAGGGGUUGUUCAUCAUCACAGGAACAUCGUCAGUGCUGGCAUUAAUCAUGCACGCUGUCAUAACCAUUUACAACAACCGACAUGAAUUCAGCAGUGACGGCGGUCAGAGUUCAUGGCGCAGAUGGCCUGCCAUUCUCUCUAAGCUCUUCCACGAGGGCGACAAUUCAUCUAACACUCCAGAUAAAAACGAGCCCGCAAUAGAAAAUGUGGAUGGUGCAGCAGAGAGCCCACUAAGCAUACCUAAUCACAUUAUCGAGCACCUCGCAGACAUGGAUACAGGAAGCCCACCAGAAGGAGAAGGAACGCCAGGUAGGGAACUUUCAGUUCAGGGCACCGAACCAUUGUCAUUUGCAUACAUGCAUUCUGAGAGGGGGCAUAAUGGAGCAGCUUCUUUGUCUCGGAAUGGGAGCUCAAUCCGCAGGAGACAGAUAAGCAUGGAAUGA